GUCGUCGGCUACGACACCCAGUGUCAGACAGUUAAUAUGGGGCUGGUUUUUAAUGUGUAGAGCCCCCAGUAUUUUUAACAAUAACAAUCCUGACCAAUAAACGGAGAUAUGCAAUACAUUACUUGGAAACUAAGUUCCAUUUUUUGAUAGAGAAAUGCAGCUUUGUGCAACAGUAGAAUAUACCAAUGAAUUGUGAAGGCUACAUGGGAGCAGCAGUGGGGGGACUUGGACUCCCAGCUGACAUCCUGAUAGACUGGGUCCUGGUAUUACUGUAGACUAUGUGACAUCACUGACAGGAGAAUUCACUGCCCCCAGUCUCCCUCACCAAUGCAGGCUUUGGAUUAUUACAUUCAUAAUUGGAAGUGUGGCCUUUUGAUUCAUAAAACCCAGCUCUCAUCUCUCCGUGUUCUGCUCCAGUGAGCAAGGUGCAAACAUAUCAAUAAUCCACAGGAGGAAAUAUUACUCAUUACUCAUACUCCUAUCGACAGUGACAACCACGCUUGGCAUUAAUGGCCUGCAGCUCCAACAUGUGUAAUGUUGAUACAUGGAGCAGAAAGUGCUUAUGGCAGCUGUUUUAAUUCACCAGUAUUCACACUAGCGCCCUCAAUGAAAGGAGCAGGAUCGAUCGGCUCUCCUCACCGCCUCCGUGUCAACAAAUUGGCGUGACCUAUGGCUGCUGGCAUCAUGAAGGAGCGCGGAGCUCAGCCGGUUCCCCGCCCAGGCCCAGAGGAUAUAAAUACAGGGAGAGGAUGCACCGGCAGCAAGAAGCCCCGACCUCUGCCUCUCUCAUCCUCUCUGCUGGACACCAGGCUCACAGGAUCCACCACACCAUGAAAGGUCUGAGGACCAUCACAAUAACUUCUGUCCUCACGCUUCUCCUGCUGGCGUCGUUUAUCUCGCAGUCGUGGAGCGCCCCAAAGGGCUCUUUCCAGCGGAGGAACUGGACCCCGCAGGCAAUGCUGUACCUCAAGGGCACUCAGGGCCGAAGGUUCAUCUCAGAGGACCGGAAAGAAGGAGACGUCUAUGACACAUUACACCUCGAGACCCGCAGUCAGAACACAGAGAGGCUGAGCGUGGACCAGGCCGCCACUGUCCUGCUCCACUUCCUGCAGCAGGCGAGAGAGGGAGGUGAGAGCAGCAUCAUCUACUCACAGCGCUGA